UUUAAUCAUAGUUGUUAUUUCAAAGUGUUUUCUAAACUUUAAUUUAUGAUCACGCAUACCUUUGAUUGGAAAUAAGUUUGUUGCGGUAAAACUGUUCAUUAAUUGUUCCCGUACUUUCGUAAUAGCGCCCUCUUGUGAUAUGGUGCAUUUUGUAAGGUCAAAGUGUAAAUUCUUCAUGAUUCCGAUGAUUCGUAAACAAUGAACGUGUACCAAAUUUAUCUCCCCAAAUAAAUGUAAAAUUAUCAGGUUUUCUAAGUCCCAAAUGUUGUAGUUUCGGAUCCAGCACAAUCGAUGACGUCGUUGCUAUAUCGAAUCAGUGGGUGUGUGCUAAUCCCUACAAGGUGAUGGUUUACCAUAGAGACACUACGCACAAGUGUGACUUCCACGUCGUGCCGGAGGAUCAGGUUGGCACUGCAGACAAUUGCCUGUACAGCGUGGCAAUCAUGCCGAAUGGUAACAUCAUAGCGGGUCUCAAGAAAAAGGUAUUGGUUGAGCUCGAUCCCAGGAAUGGUAAGAUAAAACACACCAUGUCAGUGAAGAUAAUACCUGACUUCUUGGCUAUACUGAGCAAUGGUUGGAUUGUGAUCAGUGACGGGGACCAGGGACUAGUGGAGAUAGUGGAGGUUUCUAAUGGCAACGCUGUGACUGUUACCAGCAUCCAGCCAACCAUCGACGGUAAACCGGUGGAACAUACCGGUGGUGUAUGCAGCAACAGCUCGGGUAUCUACCUUGUAGUGGACACAGGGAAAGUCAACACCGGUCACAUACACCACUAUAACUAUGCCGGUCAGUUUGUCAGCUGCGUGGCCCAGGGGCUGUACGACCCCCAAGGAAUCACAUCCACGGCAGACAGCCAGCAGCUGGCAGUGGCUGACCUGUACUCAGUGAAGAUAUACCACAAGGUGUAAUGCCAUCGAUGUCAUCCAGUAUAAAACCGCCUUCCCUAACCCGCGUUUGUGGUCGGUUUAAAAUCCCAAUAUGAACUUGAGGCGGCCUAGGGAUAACAUUUAAAUAUAAAUUAAUAAAAAUAA